AUGACGAAGAACGAUGCGCGAUGCAAGAGAGAGGAGAGAGGGGUCAAUCGAAGGAGAGAAGCGCAGCGAGGCAAUGUAGGGCAAGGGAACAACAACAAGAGGGCAGGAGGGAGAGAGAGAGAGAGAAAAGGAAAAGGGCGAAAUGGAGGCAGCAGCAACAGGAGGACGAGUGGGGGGGGAGGAGGAGGUGGAGGAGGAGGAGGAGGGCGCUCGCUGGCUCGGCAAGUGAGGGCAAGCUUGGGCUCAGGUUACAAAACGGGCGAUGAAGGAAGGAAGGAAGGAGACCAAGGACCAAGAUGGAGAGAACGCAAGCAGAGGAUGAAGAGGACGAGGAUGAGGAAGAGGAUGAAGAAGAGAAGAGAGAUUUUUGAGCGUCUAUUUGCGUCACGAGCAACGCCAAGAAUCUCGAAUGACGCGACGUCAUGCUAA